AUGUGGUCGAAUUGCGAGCAACGCCUUGGGCCAACGGAGUGUUACCACUUUCGGUGCGUUUGCCAGAUGGACUUUGUGUACAGCGAGCGCGUCAAACAAUGCGUGCAUCGUUAUACCCCAGAAGGAAGAGAGGUCGUGCUGCCGCAAGACACUGGAGCCACCUGCUACUUCAAUGAGUGCAGUGGCAAAUUCACAGUUUGCUCAGAUUCCAAGUGUCUUUGCAUCCCUGGUUUCAUUUAUCUUGCGGGUCAAGGAACAUACGGAGGUUGCCAGCGAGACCCUAAUCUUUUUCCACCCGACCAGCAGUGGUCCCAAAGCGACGAUCUGCACAGGUGGCAGGAGCAACAGCAGCAGCAACAGCAGCAGUAUCAGCAGUCAACAACCCCUUCGCCUGAAAAGUCUCAGUCCUCGUGCAGUCGGCAUCCAAAGUGUUCAGGAUUGGCUGGAGAUUGCUGCCCCAACGAAUUGGGAUUGAGCUUGGCAUGCUGCAACAAAUAG